CGAACAUCAAGGUCACAAAAAUAUUGGACGUAUUCCCUUACGGUCUACUCCGGGCCAUUCGUAAAUGUGCAGAGUAGAGGGCCUUGCAGCGGGGUCAUGAACGAAUUUCCGCGGCAGUCCCGAUAAGCAAUAUCUAGGGUGGUACGUAGUGUUUUGCAGGGAUCCCCGCAGAUGAGAGGAAAUGAAUUGCCCAAGUCUGAGGUUCCGAGUUCCAAGGUCCUCUGGCUGAACCCUGCUCGACGCAGGGUCUUCCACACGUUCAACCUUAAGUGUCAGAGUGGUAUUUGUUCUCAACUUCUGCUCGUGUGGCAGGAAAAUACGUUUGAGCCAGGCCAGCAGAAUGCCAAGAGUCUUCUGCGCGGGUUAGCGUUGUACAUGCUUGACGUUGCGAAAUUCACCGGGGUUCUUCCGAAUGGCGAUCUCCAGGCCGUCAAACAGGAAGUCAUGCCUUUCCCGACGGUCGCGAUCCAGCAACAUGGCUAGACGUGAAGGCGAUAAGACCCAUAUCUUGAGCACAGGAGUAUUCUGAUUCGUAGUGACCUGAGGAGAGAAUCUAGCGGCAAUAUCG